GCGUAUCGUAAACGUCGAUCCUUACUGACAGACUCUUACAUUGCGCUCGAUUUUCUUACAGAGAAAAAAAGAAGUUUGACGAACGUGAAUUUACACGCGAAUGAAUAACAAGCUGAACGAAAAUCCCCAUAUGUCACAAAACAAAAUGAACAUCAUCGCGAAUAAUACCGUUUUGUAGGACGCGAGCACAAUUUUAGACGACCGUUCGACUACAACAAACCCAUCAAAACUCUUUUAAAACACGGACAACGCAUCUAUAUAGUGAUACAACGACCAACUAUGUACUAAGAGUCCUCGAAGAAUUGACUCAAACACGCUGAAGUGCGUUUCUUUCCACGUGAUCACGGUGUGAUUUCCGUAUUCGCGACUUGGACGAUCUUUCCACAAACGAAUAAUGAAUCCUGAGCAACCAGACUUCUCAAAUGCAAGAACACUGCACUUUCGUACUCACGAUGAUGGUGAUAAUGUUAAGGAAGAAAGCAGUCGGUCGGACCGAGGGAAGAUCUAUGACAACGUUUAUAAAAUGACUACUCUGGACAGGAAUCCAACAUGGUGGAAGAGACGAUCGACGUUGGAACGCGGAUUAACUGUGAUAGCAGUUUGCGGGGUGCUUUUAUGCAUCGCGUUGGCUGUUGCACUCGGUGUUCUAGCAGCGAACACCAUGUCCUGUAACAUGUCGUCCAAAAAUGUAGAUCCUGUUAACUCAGAGGGAUUACCAUCCACAGCCGACGCCCUGAACGGUUAUCAACAGAAUAAAGGCGUUCACGUUAUCGACAAAGGACCCAGCUGCGACGAGGACGUGUGCACCACGAAAGAAUGCAUCUACACGGCCUCCAGGCUGUUGAAGAACAUGGAUCCCGAGGUGGAGCCGUGCGACGACUUUUACGAUUUCGCUUGCGGCGGUUUCCUCAAGUCCACCAUUAUCCCGGACGACAAGACCAGUGUAAACACAUUCACUGAAAUUAGCGACGAGCUGCAGAACCAGCUGAGGGCCAGCAUCGAAGAAAAAAGUACACCGGACGAGCCGAAACCGUUCAGACUCGCGAAGAAUUUGUACAAGGCUUGUAUGAACAAGACGAUCAUCGAGCAACAAGGAUUGGAUCCUUUGCUGAACAUCUUGCGAAAGCUCGGUGGCUGGCCAGUACUGGAAGGCGACCAGUGGAACGAAAAUGAAUUCAACUGGAAGGAAUCGGUGUACAAAUUCCGCCAGAUGGGCUACUCCGUCGAUUACUUCAUCGACUUCAGUAUUGGCGUUGAUCUGAAGAACAGCACGAAACGAACAAUCGACUUAGAUCAAGCUGCCCUUGGAUUAUCGCGCGAAUACUUGUCCAAAGGUUUCGACGAUAAAAUCGUACAGGCAUACUACAGCUACAUGAUCGACAUCGCGGUGAUUCUCGGAGCAAAUAAAACCGACGCAAACAACGAAUUGAGAGAGUCGUUGGAAUUUGAGAUGAAGCUUGCCAACAUUUCCUUGCCGAAUGAAAAGCGUCGCAACGCCACGCUUCUUUACAAUCCCAUGACCGUACGAGAGUUGUCCAAGACUUAUUCCAGCGUUCCAUGGAAGGAAUACUUCAACACUCUUCUAGCGCCCAGCGCGCAAGUGGACGAAGAGGAAAUCGUGAUCGUCAGCGUUCCCAAUUACAUCGCAAGCUUGGAGAAACUGCUGGCCACCACGCCGAGAAGAGUGCAAGCUAACUACGUGAUGUGGAGGGCGGCGGCCUCCUCUGUGAGCUAUCUCACCGACGAGAUUCGAAAGAGGCAGCUGCAAUACUCCACGGCGUUGAGCGGGAAAACGGAGAGAGAGCCCAGGUGGAAGGAGUGCAUCGAUACAGUUUCUGGUAGCUUGGCCAUAAGUGUCGGCGCGAUGUACGUUAGGAAAUACUUCAAAGAGGAUGCCAAGAAGAACGCCGUGGAAAUGGUCGCUGAUAUUAGACAAGAAUUCACUGAGAUACUGAAAAAGGUUGAUUGGAUGGACGAAGAAACGAGAAAGAGUGCUUUGGACAAAGCGGCCAGCAUGACCAGCCACAUCGCUUACCCUGACGAAUUACUGGACGACAAGAAACUCGAGCAAUUCUACGAGAAACUGGAAUUAACGACCGACAAUUACUUGGAAGGUAUCUUGAACCUGACUUUGUUCGGGGUCGAAUACUCCUUCAGUAAACUGAGGAAACCCGUGAACAAGUCCGAUUGGGUGACUCACGGAAGGCCGGCCAUCGUUAAUGCGUUUUAUUCGUCCAUCGAGAACAGUAUACAAUUCCCCGCUGGUAUCUUACAAGGCGCUUUCUUCAGUAACGAUCGGCCAAGAUACAUGAAUUACGGCGCUAUUGGUUUCGUUAUUGGCCACGAAAUAACGCACGGCUUCGAUGAUCAGGGCAGGCAGUUCAAUAAAAACGGAAAUCUAGUCGACUGGUGGGCGCCGCAAACGAAAGAAAAAUAUCUGGAGAAAGCGGAGUGCAUCAUUCACCAAUACGGCAAUUACACAGUGGAAGAUGUCGGCUUGAACUUAAACGGUAUCAACACUCAAGGCGAGAACAUCGCCGACAACGGUGGUAUAAAGGAAGCCUACUUGGCGUACCAAGAAUGGGUACAAAGAAAUCACGUGGAGCCGAAAUUGCCAGGCCUUCCUUAUACUCCUGAACAAUUGUUCUGGAUCAGCGCAGCAAACACCUGGUGCAGCAAGUACAGACCGGAGGCAAUGAAGCUUCGCAUUACAACUGGCUUCCACAGUCCCGGCAAAUUCCGUGUUCUGGGCCCUCUUUCGAACAUGGAGGAGUUCUCCAAGGAUUUCAAUUGCCCUCUUGGCUCGAAAAUGAAUCCCGAAAAGAAAUGCGCCGUUUGGUAAAGACCAAUGCAGUGAUGGAACGGUAAAAUAGAGCUGAAGCUCCAGUUGACUCGACGACAAUGAAAUUUGUUCUUCGUGUUAAAGAAGAGAAAGCUUUCUUCUGAAUGUUUCGCUGAAGUCGACAAUCUAAUUCGAUUAAGGGGAACUGUUAAAAAUAAAAUUUAAGCGUAUCUCGGUGGACUGUCGUGUCGGAUUAUCAUGAAAUCUGUUUAAGAAAUUAAAGUGAAGGUGCUUCCGUAGCAGUGGAAACUGACGAAAUUCUUGAACUUGAAGGCACGAGCGCGCUUGAGAAAGAUCUCACUGAAGAUGCCCAAAGAGAGAUUCUCCUUCAUAAAUUGAAAUUGACUUGGUCGAUCAUUACACGGUUACACGGUGCAUAUUACUAACAUUAUUCCCUAAUAUAUAAGUCCUUUUUUAUAAGAGAGAUGUCCGAAUUUCGACUAGUAUUGUAAAUAAAGAAAUCAGCAGGAUACGAGGCGGCGCGUCAUGACUAUUUGAAACUUUCUAUGAUUGCAUUCUAGAAAAUCGGACAAGCACACGUUAUAGGUUCUGAAACAUUUGAGAAAAAGGAAAAAAAGAA